AUAAAGAAAGUAAAACAAAAGGAAGAAAUCAACAAAUUGAAUUAUGGCACAUGCCACCAAACAAGGUCCCCAAUUGUUAAAUGGCUUCAAACGUUUAACCCGUUUCGACAAAGGCUUGGGUGCCCAAUUGCCUGAAGCCUAUAAAAAAUUCUGGCGCGAAUGGAAAAUGACACAACCGGCCGCCGUCCAUUACAUACCCAAGGAUGGUGUAUGGGAACGUGAUGAAGUGACUGGUGAAAUUAAGCCAAUACAAAAUGUACCCCUACCGUUGAUAGAUCCACCGGAAAGUCAUCAAGGCAUAUGGGGUGGUGAGGCUGUCAUCAAGGGUUUCCAAAAGCGUCAACGUCUGUCGCGUCGUGUACCACAUUUCUGGGUGCCGGUGCUGAAACGAUCUGUCGUCCAUAGUCAGGUGUUGAAUGAGUAUAUGUCGGUGGUGGUCACCGAUAGGACUAUUGAGAAAAUCCAUGAAUGUCAUGGUUUCGAUCAUUAUUUGUUAAAGACACCUGCUUGUGACUUGCGUUCAGCAUUGGCACUUACAUUGAAAAGGAAAAUUCUUAUUGAACUGUUAAAUAAUUGUCCAUCGCUUGCAUCGCAGCCCAGUGAACGUGAGCGUGUUCUCAAGGAAUACAAAUGUUACUUGGAAGCGUACACUCCCGAAGAAAUUGAAUGGUACGGUUAUACCUAUGAUGAGGCAAUUAAAAAAAUUGCCGCCCAAAUACGUGAACAAAACAAGCCAGUACCACAUAAAUUGGAAUUCCGUAGAAAAUUAAUUGAACAACUACAACAGGCCAAUAUGAAAACCGAAACAGAAGCUGAUGAAACAUCGGGAAAAGUAAAUACAAAGAGUUCGUCAGACAGUGAUGCAGACAUUGAAGCUCUAACAAAAUUGGAAUCAUCGUCUUCAAGUUCAACUUCAUCCAAUUGGUUAUCAAAGAUUAAUCCAUUUGGAAAGAAACAGGAGACAUAAAG